AUGCUAGAUGCUCAGCAUGCUGUCGACGCCGAUGUUGGGACUGUUCUGGUGUCUCAACAGCUCGUCGGGAUGCUAGAUAGUCAGCAUGCUGUCGACGCCGAUCUUGGCACUGUUCUGGUGUCUCAUCAGUCCGUCGUGAUGCUAGAUACUCAGCAUGCUGUCGACGCAGAUGUUGGGACUGUUCUGGUGUUUCAUCAGUCCGUUGAGAUGCUAGAUAAUCACCAUGCUGUCGACGCCGAUCUUAGGACUGUUAUGGUGUCUCAACAGCUGGUUGAGAUGCCAAGUAUUCAGCAUGAUGUCGACGCCGGGCUUGGGACUGCUCUGGUAUCUCGGUAG